AUGACCUCCGACGAGUCUGAUUUGUACGACAGCGACUCGGAGCCGGGAGUGGCGACGCGCACGCAUCACGGGCCGAAGAGUGUGCAAUUCGACUUAUCGUCGUCGCCGUCGCAAUUCCCCGAAGGGAUCCCCCGGAGGCGUCCGAGCAGCCGGUCCCAUCACCGGCACAGGAGCACCGAGCGCCCCCCGAACCCUUUCGCUCCCGCAUCCGCACCGUUCCCGGUCCCAGGAUCUCGCGCACGCCCGAUGCCGCCGCAUGUCCAGACCCAGAAUCUACCUCAGUUCUCCAGAAGCAUGGGCGGGAACCCCUUCAGCCCGAAUCCCGUCGACCCAUCGCCGCCGUAUUAUUCAUACCCAUCAGCGGCCGGGUACAACUACCCCCCAGGCCAGUACCCGAACAGCGCACCCCCGAGGCCCUCGUCGUCCAGCCAUCACCGGUCUAACCCGUUCGACCCUUCGCCCAGGUCGUACACAGACCGUGAAAGUCCAUACUAUGGAAUCCCGGUGCCGUCGCAACCUCAGCCGAUACCUCGCUACGAGGGCAGAACCCCGUCUCGGCCAAAACCGCGCCCGAUCCAGCCGCAGUCAGUCGACCUGGGGCACGUCCAGCGGACCAUGAGCAGUCUCCUCGAGCGCGAGAAGGCCCGAGAGAGGCAGGCUAUGGAAGCUGCGCAGCGUGAGAGGGACAUUGCCGUCCUCAGCAGGGAGAUGGACAGGAAGAUGAAGCUCGGGUUCGGGGAGAUCCGAAACGAGCUGUUCCAGAACGACUUGAAUUCUGAACCAGGGCCGCCGCGGUCAGAGUAUGCGAUGCGGAUGUACUCGACACCCGCGCGGUCUGCCGACGACCGGACGUACUGGGCCGGCAGGCCCGGUGCGCCGCCGCCCGAUCUCAACCAGCAAGAGAUGGACCAGCUGUGGGAGGGCAGGAGACAGCUCGAUCCUCAGUACGCGAACCGGAUCCAAGGCCGGCAAGAUCCCAGGCUGGAGUUCGACAGACGAAGAUUAUAUCCUAACGGGUACCGAGAACCGUAUUUUGAGGAGGACACGGACUCGGACGAGUCGAAUGCGCAGACGCUGGCCAGGUAUCCGCCGCCGCCAGUGCCGGACCCCCCGAGGUGA